AUGGGGGGCUUUCAGUUUGUGCGGCGCGCUCCUACAGGAGGACCGGAACCGACUCGGUUGGGCACGUACAAUGACAAGUAUGUCAUCGUCUACGAUUUUGAAGGCGUCGACACGGAUACUGCUAAGAAGGAGAUUACCACCCUCAUUCGUGACCUCGAGAGUGUCGGCCUCUAUACGGAAGUACGACCCGGCUAUGACGAAACGUUGCUCGUUUUCGCCAAAGCCCCCCGGGAGCUCCUACAAACCAUGGUCUACAAUUCCCGGAUAAAGGACUGGCUUUACGGCAUCGUUCAGACACAUCCGGGUGAGAGCAAAGAGGCCAUGGGCCGCGACGGCUUCGAAGCAGAGGACAUACUCUCCAUGUACCACCUCGUCAACUGGCCCAAGCCGCUCGGAGGUGCCGGGAUCACUCCCGGUUGGGGCCAGUGGGAGAGAGUCAGAGCCAUUUUCCCACUGCAUAACGAGGCGACGAAUUCGAGCCUCAUGAAGCAUCUGAGCAGGCGUCUGGUGCUCACGAACGAAGACCUGGACCAGAUUCGCAACCUGUUCGGCACAAAGGUCGCCUUCUACUUUGCCUUCAUCGAGGCGUACGUAGUCUUCUUAACCUUCCCUGCAGUGACUGGUUUGAUUGCGUGGAGCUGGCUGCCCGGUUAUUCCGUCAUUUAUGGUAUCGUGACGUGUGUGUGGUGCACCGUAUUCCUGGAGUACUGGAAGCUUCAGGAGAUUGAUCUUAGCAUUCGGUGGAAAGUGAGGGGUGUGGGCUCUGUGAAGAUCACUCGGCCGCAGUUUAGGUGGGAAAAGAUUCUCGUGGACGAGGCGGGUCGGGCGAGGCACUAUUGCCCCAAAUGGAAGCAGGUUGCUCGUCAGCUGUUGCAGAUCCCUUUCAUUCUCUUCGCCGUUACGAUUCUCAGCGUCUUGAUGCUUGCCGUGUUUGCCAUCGAGACGCUUGUGUCGGAGAGUUACGGCGGGCCAUUUAAAAACGUCAUGGAAUACGUUCCGACCAUCAUAUUCGCCGUCAUCCUACCCUAUGUAAACGGAUGCCUCGAAAACGUCGCCACUGCACUGGCCGAUUUCGAGAACCAUCGAACCGCCGACAACUACGACAUGUCGCGCACACAAAAGACGUUCGUCUUCCAAAUCAUCACCAACUACCUCCCAAUCCUCAUCACCUCCUUCAUCUACGUCCCCUUCGGGAAGGACAUCGUGCCGAAGCUGGAGAGGUUGACUUUGGCAAUGUUCGGCACAUUCGGACAAAAGUAUCUCCUCACCGUGAACCGGUCUUUCACCGUGGACCCGGACAGGUUGCGGACGGAAGUCAUCGCCUUGACGGUCACCGGCCAAAUUUCCGCCUUCUUCGAAGAGAACGUAUUCCCCGUAGUAAAGCGCAAGGCCCAACGGUGGUAUCAAGAGUACCGCAACAAGCCCGUCAGCCGUGAUGCCUCUUCCGCUUAUCUCCUGAACGACGACCCGGAAGAGGCCGAGUUCCUCAACAGCGCGCGCAACCAAGCCACACUCGAGAUUUACAACGUACAGGACGACAUUGCCGAAAUCGCUCUUCAGUUCGGGUACCUCGCGCUCUUCUCGCCCGUAUGGCCGCUCCUGCCGAUAGGUUUCCUCAUAAACAACGUCCUCGAGCUACGCACGGAUUUCUUCAAGAUCAUCAACGAGCAGCAGCGGCCUGCGCCUGUGCGGACAGACGGCAUCGGGCCGUGGAUCAACUCGCUCGAGUUCCUGACGUGGAUGGGGAGUAUUUCGACGGGGGCCAUCGUGCACUUGUACGGGGGUUCUGGCGUGGUGGCGGGGGGUGCGUGGUGGGCGAUGCCCAUUACCAUCUUCGUGAGCGAGCACGUCUUCAUGGGCUUGCGCUCGGCGGUGAGAUAUACCCUGCACCGCAUCGGAUCUGAGCAGAUCCGGAAGGAGAGGAAGCAACAGUAUAUUUCUCGAGUGAAGUACUUGGAUGAGAUCAAAGAGAGGAGCAAGGCUACGCUGAGUGCUACGCCGGCGGAGAAGCAGCGGAGGAAGUCUGUGAGGGCGAUGGAUCGGGAUACGUUCUUUACCAAGCAGGUUGAGGAGGGUGUUAGCGCUAGUGUUGGGGUUGAACUAAUACAGGCGAUCAAGGGGAAGAGGGACCAUGACUCGAAGGACCGACCACUAAAGACAGAUUAG